UGGCUAGCGCGCCGGCUCAUUUUAUUGACAAAUCCACGGGUUUCCUUAUCUAAUUAGUGUUAAACGCGCCUCAGUAUUUUCCCCGUCAGUGUAUCUCUCACCGAGCGUGAUUGUGAUCGUGUGUGUAACCGGCGUGACAAAACACAAACAAGUUAUAGUUGUAUUGGUUUGCCAACAAGGCACCAUGCGGUUGCUUUUUCCAUAUGCCAAUUAAUUAUUAUAUAGAGUUCCUAUAAUUUAUGACUGAAAAGGUGUCUGUUUGUGUACUUAUAUUAAACAUUUAGUGGUAUAUUUUAAGUUGAUUGGAUUUAAUGAGUUGACAGACUCAUGACUAUCUAGGAAAAUGGAUAAGAAACUAGAUCUUUUAUCUCUGCUAGAGUCUGACUCAUGGCAGACAACAGCGGAUGACUUUCUGGAGAACAUAUUUUCUCUGGAGCAGGGUUCAUUGGAUUUCCUAGAACACUCCAUACCAGAUUUCAACCUAUGUCCUAAUGAGCCUGAAAUUAAUGGACUAAGUAGUUCCAGUUCGGAUAGUGGGGUUUCCUCAGAUCAAACUGAAUUCGAUUUCGAACAACAACUAUCGCCGUAUCUCAUACAAAACUCGUGCGACGAAGAGGUCAAUGGCCCUAAGCCCAUGAGCCCAGGCCAAAAUGUGAUCAAUGAUGGAUCUACAAGCCCAGGCCGAGAUGUAAUUAUCAAUGACAACUCAAGCUCUACAGAUUUUGAUAUUUUGGACUUCGAACAGAAUGUUGUGCCCAGCUUCAUCAAUACAUUCCCAGUCAAGCCGGAAAGAAAGCGUCGCUCGUCCAGCUCAAGUCAAGUGACAGUUCAGGCGAAAGUUCAAAGGCCAGCAAUAAAAAUUCCCGCCACAUCAGUACAGAAACCCCAACUAGUUGUCAAAGCCCAACCACAGAAGCCGAUGAAAGUUGCCAACAUACAAGUGAUAAAUCCACAGACUAAAGUCUACUCGAAACCUGUGGAAUCAGUCGCGCCACAGAGAAGAGUAAUCCGCGUAGCUCCCAUGGCCGGUAAUCCCAGAUCAAUAUUGUUGCCAGUGACAAUAAAGGAUAUGAAGGAUUUGAAAUCGAUAAAAAUAAUAAAUGCAGCCGAUUUGAAAAAUGCUUCGAAUAUCAAAAUUGCAGCUGCCAAUUUGCUGUCACAGAGUAAACGGCAUGAGGAGUCGAGAAGUGAUUACGAAUAUGACAGCAAUAUGAAUUGCGAUGACUCAGGCAGCGACCACAGCGACGAUGAUUCCGAUCAGAAGGACCAAAUUCACGACGGGAGAAAUGGGUAUCCUCGUCUCGUUCUUACAUCUGAGGAACGCCGUUUACUAGCAAAGGAGGGGAUUACUCUGCCAACAAGCUAUCCGCUCACAAAACACGAAGAAAGGGAAUUGAAAAGGAUACGACGCAAGAUCAGGAAUAAGAUCUCUGCGCAAGAUUCUAGGAAACGCAAGAAGGAAUAUGUUGAUGGAUUAGAAGACAGGGUCAAACAAUGCACAGCAGAUAAUCAAACCUUGAUGAAGAGGAUCAAACUGCUUCAGUCACAGAACCAGACUCUUACGCAACAAUUGAAGAGGUUACAGAGCGUAUUAACCGGCGUAACGCCAUCUAGCGGCAAAGCGCAGCCGGCGACAUGUCUCCUAGUUCUCCUGUUGUCCGUAGCGUUAGUUGCCUUACCGUCAAUGCGUGAGGAGCCAGUACGAAGGAAUGAAAGGGCUUCCACCACUCCAGCUGCAGUUACUAGAGCACUGUUGUCUGCUACGAAUAAAAUGAUCCUCGACGAGGCAGUAAUAGAUGACGGGGAAUUCAACAUGGACGAGCUGAUCACAUUCAACCGCGCGCAUUCCGACCACGAUUACCAAGUCGUCAAACAAACCGAAACCAAGCUUCCCGGAGGUUACAUUGACCUACCAAUAGACGAAGACUGGCCCCCAAACAAGAAACGUAUGAAAACAGAGUUCGACUACGGAGACGGCAAGGACUACAUUGCACCCAUAAUCAGACAAGAAAACUACGAAACGCCAAAAGCUUUACCGAAAUUUGAAGAAUUUGACAACACUCUAACCAAUACCUUGCUUUCCACUGGACGGAAAAUAGGCGAGCUUUUGAACGCAUUUUCCUUGAUUCCAGUUAAAAAUGAGGAUAUUUUGGUCGAAGAGGUCGAUUUCGAUUCGAGAAACAAUACUGAGGUGAACAGUUUUGUCGUCAAUGGCACUAAUGCUAUAUAAGAUUUUAUUUAUAAAAUACUAUUUUAUCGAAAGUUAAAACGAAAGUUGGGGAUUUUAAGUCAAAUGUACACUUAUAUAACAGUUUUUAAUUAGCUGCUGAGCCUUUCAAAUAGUAUUUUAUUUUUGUUUCGAUUUUAUUACAUAUAUUUUCACGUGAAUUCAAAUCAAUUCCUUAGUUAUUAAGGAAAAAUUAUGUAGGCUUAGGAAAUCUUGUCCAUUAUUUAGAUUAUAUUUAUUUUAUAGAUUUUAAUAUAUCUUUCCGAUAUUUUUUAGCUUUUUUUAUUUAAGCAUUUGUUCGGUGCAAUUAAGUUAUGAUCUUCAGUGUUAUCGUAAUAUUAUAGUUUUAAGUAUACUUUAUAUUUGGUUACAUUAAGAUGUGUCGAUACGAAAUCGUUGUAUUUGGAAUGUAAAUGUUUAAUAAAAUAUGAGAUAUUG